GUAAAAACUACACACAGGCUGUCGGUUGGUGUCCGCCCCUGUAACGUUUCCCGCGCACAAAGCCGAAACGGAAACAGCAGCAGAGACCAGUCAUUCAUACUUUUCUUAAGUCACACAACUUGAACAUCCUGUUCCGAAAAUGCCUCGCAUUGAGAAUGACAUCAAGCUGGACUUCAAGGAUGUACUCCUCAGACCAAAGCGGAGUACACUGAAGUCUAGGAGCGAGGUGGACCUAAUGAGGAGCUUCACUUUUAGGAACUCUAAAGGCAGCUACAGAGGGAUACCCAUCAUUGCUGCUAACAUGGAUACUGUAGGGACCUUUGAGAUGGCCUUGGCUUUGCAUCAGUUCACUCUUUUCACCACCAUUCACAAACAUUACUCCGUGGAUGAGUGGGUGGAGUUUGCUACAAAGAAUCCUGAAUGCCUUGAGAAUGUAGCGGUCAGCACCGGCACCAGUGACGGUGACUUUGAGAGGAUUUCGGCCAUCUUGGCAGCGGUGCCACAGCUGAAGUAUAUCUGUGUGGACGUGGCUAACGGCUACUCCGAGCACUUUGUUCACUUUGUUAAAGAUGUCAGGCAGAAGUUCCCAUCACACACUAUAAUGGCAGGAAAUGUGGUGACAGGAGAGAUGGUAGAAGAGCUGAUCCUGGCUGGUGCUGACAUCAUCAAAGUAGGCAUCGGACCAGGAUCUGUGUGUACUACCCGCAAGAAGACAGGCGUGGGUUACCCCCAGCUUAGCGCUGUGAUUGAGUGUGCAGAUGCAGCCCAUGGCUUGGGUGGCCAUAUCAUCUCUGAUGGGGGAUGUACUUGCCCGGGAGAUGUUUCAAAAGCUUUUGGUGCUGGAGCGGACUUUGUGAUGCUGGGCGGCAUGUUAGCCGGCCACUCAGAAAGCGGGGGCGAGGUUAUCGAGAAAAAUGGCAAGAAAUACAAGCUGUUCUACGGUAUGAGCUCUGAUACGGCGAUGAAGAAACAUGCAGGAGGCGUGGCUGAAUACAGAGCGUCGGAGGGGAAGACAGUCGAAGUUUCUUACAAAGGUCCGGUUGAUGUGACAAUACGCGACAUCCUGGGUGGGGUCCGCUCUACCUGCACCUACGUUGGGGCGGGAAAAUUGAAGGAGCUGAGUCGCAGGACCACCUUUAUCAGGGUCACACAGCAGCUCAACACUGUGUUCGGCAAUGACAGCUGAAUCCUUCUAGCUUAAUGUCACUUCAGAUGGGAGUGAUGCAAACACAAGUAAACAGCCAUGUUUGUAUAAUAUAGUGUUAUAUUCCUACCCUUUUUUUCCUUUUUAAUUGGUUGAGGUUUUUGGCUUAAAAUUUGAAUGCAAUCUUAGUGAAGUGGUCUUAAAUUGCAGGACUUUUUCACACUGUUACUUUAUGAUGCACACCACUAAGUGUUUCAGUUUGUCUCCAGACAGUAAGACCAAGCUAGAGCAGUUAACCUCCUUACAGACCACCAUGUCUUUAUCCCAAUGCAAGGCCUUUAGAGCAAGAAGGUCAUUUUUAUUUUAUAGUACGAGCAAAUUUAGUAUGGAGCAAAUCUACUGCAUCCUGUUGCACUGCCAUAUUUGGUUGUGUUUGUUACAUGUGUGCAAAUAUACAGCUGUCCACAAAAAUUGUCCGCUCCCAUACAUCUGAGAGGGGAAUGAGUUGAAAAAUAUUUGACAACCUUCAUCUUCACUGUUUCUAUGCAUGUUUACCCACAGUUUCUACAUGGUCUGUGUCUGCAGCGGUCUGCCUGCACCAACCAAUGGUGUGCACUUUCACCCACUGGGUCCCCUUCUGAAGCAGAGCGAGUGUGGCACAGGACAGUCAAAUCACAUGAUCAGAGGUCCACGCAGAAUAUACAAACUACAUGUGUCUUCCCCUGUAUGAGGUUGAUUAGGAUUACUUCCUGUUUUGAUGUAAUGUUGUCCAAGCUGCAGUCCAUUAAGGUUUUAUUUUGAAAUUUUCUGGAUGUUCUUUGCAUUCCUGUGCGGCUUUCUCUUUGGAUUGACCUGCUUUUGCAGCUUAACCAAUGCUUACACUCAGCUCCUUUCUGGAGCAGUGGUGCUAGAGACGGACAACAGCAGAUACCUAAGAACCCCAGAGUAGUUUCUUCUGGCAUGUGGUGCAGACAGAUCGCUGCACAGAAGAACCAUAAGGAAAUUGGGGGUCAGCCUUCAACACACAUGCAAAAUUAAAGCAGAAGUCUUAAAUUUUUUUUAGAAAGCCUGAAUAUAGUAUGUGCAUCUGCUAUUUUCUUUUUUAAUUUAAUCAUUCCUUCAGAGUAAAAUGUGCACUUUAAUGAUUUAUAAUUUGAGAUUUCAGUGUGAUCAUUUAAUUUUAUAUUUUUGAAACUAGUUUAGUUGGAGAACCUAAUUCUCUUCCUUUUUUAUUAGAGGUUGAAUUUAUUAUCAAAAACUGACACAUGGACCAGUUUGUGAUUAAGUCAAGUACAUCGUGGCAUAACGCUGACAUCAUAGCAGAGGUGUUAUUUAAUUUUUAUCAUAUGUGCAGCUUCUCUCUCCUCUGACUUGUGCUUCUCUUGUCUGUACCAAAGGUUUUGUGGGUCUAUGUUAUUGAUGUCCACAUCCAGUUAACUUAAUAUUAAUUAUAGCUUUUAAAUGAACUUGUUAUCCCUUAAAAUUAGCAUCGGUUGUUUUAUAUAUUAUUAUUAGAGGUUGUGGUUGAAUGCUUGUCAUCUGCAGUAACUCAAUUUUCAGCUGCUCUUGCACACUCUUCUUCUUCUUUGUUGCCCUUGUCACUUUGGUUUAAAAAGGCCAAUUGUGUUUGAAAUGCAGUUUUUAAAAUCACUUUUUUAUGUUUUAACCUGUAAAUAAAAACAUUCCACAUCUGAA